AUGCCUUAUCCAGCGACCGUGACGCCGGGCGAAGGCGAAACAGAAACCAUCUCUCCCAUCCUACCCUCCGCCACCGUCCAAUCCUCGCGUCAACUCUCAGUCCCACAACUUCAGCAGCUCGCCUCCCGAGGUGACGCCGGCGCCCAAGUCGACCUGCGAACGCUCGAAUCGCAACAGGCCUCCUCCUCCUCCUCGCGCUCCACUCUCUCCGAUGGUCCGCGACCAAAGAAGCUCAUCCCGCCCAAAGGGUGGUUGCAUUUCGUAGCCGGUGGUGCGGGCGGCAUGUGCGGGGCCAUCAUCACCUCUCCCCUCGACGUAGUCAAGACACGGCUUCAGUCGGAUCUGUAUCGACAACGACCAGCGAAAACACCAGCAGCAGCAACGGGGGUCUUGGCAAAUGCGAGACGGCUAGCGUACCAUUUUGUGGAAACAGGUUAUCUGCUCAAGGAGAUUAGCACCACGGAGGGGCCUCGGGCGUUGUUUCGCGGGCUUGGGCCAACGUUGGUCGGCGUCAUCCCGGCUAGGUCCAUCAACUUUUACACGUAUGGCAACGGCAAAUCCCUCAUCGCAGAUCGAUUCAAUCACGGGAAAGAGACCUCGCUGGUGCAUCUCUCUGCAGCGGCGCUCGCGGGAGUGGUCACCGCAACAGCAACCAACCCCAUCUGGGUCGUCAAGACACGUCUCCAACUAGACUCACGACAAGCCAACCCACCUGCGAGAUCAACUCCGGCGAUAGCACGACCAGGAACAGCCCACUUCUCGACCACCGCAAUAGCGAAAAGCAAAAAGACCCUCGGUGCGUUUGGCGAACCAGCCUUUUUCCACGCCGCCAAAACCACCGGUUCCAGCAUGAACAGUCUCCAGAUGACCCUACACAUUGUUCGCUCCGAGGGCGUGAAGGGCUUGUACAAGGGGAUGAGCGCGAGUUAUCUCGGUGUGGCGGAGGGGACGAUUCAGUGGGUCUUGUACGAGCGAUUGAAGAAGUGGGGUGCGGAUACACCGGAAGGCAGCCCGAAGGUGGGUGGCAAGUUGUCGAGUAUGGUCGGUGCAGCAGGGGUUGCCAAGUUGGUAGCGAGCCUGAUUACGUACCCGCACGAGGUGGUGCGGACGCGGUUGAGACAGCAACCUGCGCCGGGAGAGAGGGCAAAGUAUACGGGUCUGGUGCAGACCGUCAAGCUGGUGUAUCGGGAGGAAGGUUUGGCAGCGCUCUACGGUGGAUUGAGCGCCCAUCUGUUAAGAGUCGUGCCCAAUGCCGUCGUCAUGUUCUCCAUCUACGAGUUGACGUUGCGGCUGGCAACUAAGGUCGAGUAG